AUGAGGAGAAAAGCCAAUAAGACCACUCCAUUUGACUUUGACAACACAGAGGCCUGGGGCACAGAUUCCUUCUAUGUCCUGGGGAUCCUGGGCUUCUGUCUCUACGUCCUGCUGGGGAUCACCUCCUUGCCCUCUGUAGGAGCAGCUCUCAGCUGGAGGGAGUUCAGCUUCGUACAGUCCAAGCUGGGCCACCUGACACUGCUGUUGUGUAGAGCCCAUGGCUUCCUGUAUGGCUGGAACAAGUUCCUGCAUUCCUCCACCUACAAGUGGUACACCCCACCAGGCUACAUGCUGUGUCUGGUGCUUCCCUCUGUGGUGCUGCUGCUCAAGCUGCUGCUCAUCACCCCCUGUGUGGACCACACCGGUAGGAGACGAAAAAUCAGCCACCUCUGA